CUUUGUCUUCUUCUUCUUCUUCUUCUUCUUCUUCUUCGUCUUCGUCCUGGUCCAGGUGCCUGUUCAUCUUUAUCACUGUCCAUUCACUGAAGAGAUGCCGUGGUUCCGUCAGAGUCGAGGUUCACCCAGACUGGUCCUGGUCGUAGUUUGUGUCGCUCUGCUGCUCGACAACAUGCUGCUCACUGUGGUGGUUCCCAUCAUUCCCACAUUCCUGUACGCCAUUGAACAUCCCGGUCCGGAGCUCCAGACCGCCGGGCCGACCCUGCUGCCUCUGCCCGGCCUCAGCGCUCCGCUCCUGGGCCCCCAGUUGGACCAGGACCCCCAGUUGGACCAGGACCCCCAGUUGGACCAGGGCCUCCGGUCAUCUGUGGUGUCACUGUUCGACAACACUACGUUCAGUCUUCAGGAGAUCUGGACCGAACCGACCCCCGACAGUGACCCAGCAGACCGGACCGGACCGACCCCAGACCUGCCCCUCAACGAGACGUCCAACAGCACAGAGUCCUCAUGUCUCCAGGACAGUCUUUACCUGGAGGAGGAGAACGUUCGUGUUGGUCUUCUGUUUGCGUCCAAAGCUGUGGUCCAGCUGCUGGUCAACCCGUUUGUUGGUCCACUCACCAACAGGAUCGGGUAUCACAUCCCCAUGUUCGCCGGCUUCAUCAUUAUGUUCGUGUCGACCAUCAUGUUUGCUUUUUCAGGUACGUACGCGCUGCUGUUCUUCGCUCGUUCUCUGCAGGGAAUCGGAUCGUCCUUCUCGUCGGUGGCAGGUCUGGGAAUGUUGGCCAGCGUUUACACCAAUGAUGAGGAGAGAGGCGUGGCCAUGGGCGUGGCCCUGGGAGGACUGGCCAUGGGCGUCCUGAUCGGGGCUCCGUUCGGCAGCGUCAUGUAUGAGUUUGUGGGGAAGAGCGCCCCCUUCCUGAUCCUGGCCUUCCUGGCCGUGUUCGACGGAGCCCUACAGCUGUGUAUCCUGCAGCCAUCCAAGAUCUGCCCAGGGAGUGUGGAGGGGACUCCGUUGUUGACCCUGUUGAAGGACCCAUACAUCCUCAUCAGUGCAGGGUCCCUGUGCUUCGCUAACAUGGGCGUGGCCAUCCUGGAGCCCACCCUGCCCAUCUGGAUGCUCCAGACCAUGUGUUCUCCGCGCUGGCAGCUCGGUAUGGCGUUCCUUCCCGCCAGCGUGUCCUACCUGAUCGGAACCAACCUGUUCGGAGUCCUGGCCAAUAAGAUGGGACGGUGGCUGUGCUCCAUGUUGGGGAUGUUCAUCGUCGGUGUUAGUCUGUUGUGUGUUCCUUUUGCCUCCAGUAUCUACGGUCUGAUUGGACCAAACGGAGGCCUAGGAUUCGCUAUCGGAAUGGUGGACUCCUCCAUGAUGGCCAUCAUGGGCUACCUGGUGGACAUCCGCCACGCCUCCGUGUACGGCAGCGUCUACGCCAUCGCCGACGUGGCGCUGUGCAUGGGCUUCGCCAUCGGACCGUCCACGGGGGGCGCUCUGGUGCAGGCGGUGGGCUUCCCCUGCCUCAUGGUGUUCAUCGGAGUCAUCAACAUCCUGUACGCUCCGCUCUGCUUCCUGUUACGCAAUCCUGCCGUCCGAGAGGAGAAAAUGGCCAUCAUUGACCAGGAGUGUGUGAUGCACAGAAAAAACUACAACACAAAGAACUACAACUCCCACCAGGAGAGUCGAGACUUUCCUCUGAGCGACUACAGCGAGGAAGACGAGACGGAGGAGUGACAUCACCACGGCGUCUCCAUGGUUACCAUCAGACCAGAGUUUAACGGGUCUCGGACCGGGUCUGGGUUAAAUGGAUCUGGUUCUGGUUCCAUCUGGUCCCAGAACCAGAACCAGAACCAGAACCAGAACCAGAACCAGAUGAAGCCGCUGAGUGAAUGCAUCAGGUUCUUCAUGAAGUUCAGAUCCAAACACUGACGUGAACCCGACGUAGAAAAACACCGACAUGAGGGUUUGAGAGAAGUUUCCUUCCAUCGGAUUCAAACCUUUACGUGGUUUUUCCACCGACGUCACAUGACUCACCUACAGCCCAUAAUAAGCACCGUACAGCGGCGUUUUAGGGCCACGCAGGAAAAUAAAAGCAUGUCACCACCAGAAGAAAGUCAUAAAAUAUGGAGAUAAAACCUGCGAUUUUAUGGGAAUGAAGUCGUAAUAUUAUGAGAAUAAUGUUAUAAUUUAAAAACAGGUGGAAAAAGAUCAUAAUGUUAUAAGAAUCCAGUCUGGUCUGAAAAUACAGAACUGGAACAUUCUGAGGUUCCACUGUCAUUUAGGGUUUAAACACAACGGCCACAUACUGAGCCUAUUAGCCCCGCCCACCAAAUACUGAGCCCACCAAAUACUGAGACUAUUAGCCCCGCCCACCAAAUACUGAGCCUUUUAGCCCCGCCCACCAAAUACUGAGCCUAUUAGCCCUGCCCAUCAAAUACUGAGCCUUUUAGCCCCGCCCACCAAAUACUGAGCCUAUUAGCCCCGCCCACCAAAUACUGAGACUAUUAGCCCCGCCCACCAAAUACUGAGCCCAUUAGCCCCGCCCACCAUCAACACAUAAGCAUUAGUUGAAGGACUUUGAAGACAUUUCGCACACGUUUGGGUUUGUUUCAUCGUAAGAACUGAACAGAUUUGGAGCAAAUUACUAAACUUAAGUCUUACAAUUUCUAAAUUAUGACUUUUUGUUGCACUUUUGCGAAUUUAUUUUCAAAAUAUUACAACUUUAAUCUCUUAAAACUAUGACACUCUUUUCAUAAAUUAUGAGUUUUUUUAAAACUAUGACUUUGUUAUACUAAUAUUACGACUUUAUUCUUGUAGUGACGUGUUUUUAUUUUUCCGAUGUGGCCUAAUGCGUCGCCGUAGCAGUGUCAUACUAACAUCCAAAUGUUUGUCAUAUAGUUUGGCUUGAACUUUUUAACUUUUUUUUUUUAAUUUCAUCGACUUGAUCCAUAAACAAAAAUACCAAAUACUCACUGUCAUAUUUGAACCCUUUAAACGACAUGUUUGUAACAGAAACAAACCAGAUUAUUGAUGGAAAAAAUAUGCAAAAAAAACCAAACUUUUUUCUCCAAUAUUCUACAUAGAAAUUGUAUAAUUAUUUUUUUUUCCCUCCUGUCAUCUGUCAGUGUCACUGUUUAUUAUGGGAUGGAUUUGGUGGAUGGAUCAGAAUUUAAACA